AUGGGUGGGCCAGAAAAUCCCCCCUCGGCCACGACCACACGAACUGCAUUUGCUACCACUGCGAGCCCUGUAGACAGGAUGGAGGCGGACUCCAUCGUUGCUCAGUCCGUUCCCGAUCUAAUCGCAGCCGCAGCUACCGAGAUCGUUCCGAAUCCCCCUUCGCCUCCAGAACAAACUAUACGACGGACGAGUGACGUGGGUAGCUACGCUUCACGUAUCGACGCUUCCAGGGCAAGCAGCUUACCUGCAGAUCCAGAUCACUGGAAUGACAUGAUACUGCCCACAACGCCCUUCCCGUUCGACCUAGGUUCUUUUGAUUUUUAUGGGGAGAGAGACAUCCUAUCAUCAAUUAUGCCCUCAGAAGCGGAAUCGCUGGCACACAAUAGCUUCUAUCCACUGGUACCUCCGUCAUUUGCAGUCUCCACCACGCCCAUGUUUGCAUCCAGUUUGAAUGACUCGAGCGGAGCUGAAUUCCACAGCCGGGCGCAUUCGCCUACAUUAGACAAGGAUCAGAUCGAGCCUCGCGUUUACAAGCCAUCGUCCGUUGAGUUUGAUAGCCAGCUCAUCUUCCCAGACCUAGCCAAGAUCACCCACGAGGAGAUUGACGGGGAGGACUUUGCACAUGUCGAUGAGAUUUCAUCGGAUAUCGCUGACAAGGUUACCCUUUACGCCCAGCAUAUGGAUCAACACGGCCUAUGGCCAGCCUUUAUCGAGGUCAAACUUCCGCCCACCGCCGUCCUCAACUCCUGGGUCCAGCUCUAUUUCGAGCACUUUCACCCUAUCUUUCCGAUUCUCCACAAACCGACCUUCUCAUCGCCCGACACACAUUGGCUCUUGACCUUCACAGUCGCUGCGAUUGGCGCUCACUUUUCUGCUAUAAAGGGGUCGCAGCUAUGCCACAGAGCAAUGCAUGAGCUGAUCCGACGACAAUCUUCAAGUUUGUGUGAGCGAUACAUGAAGGCUUGUCGCGAGCUCUGGAUGUGCCAAGUCAACCUUCUUAAUUCAGUUGGGCUCAUGUACUCGGGUGAGCGAAGAGAUAUGGAGCUAGCUGAGGUCCUACAGAGCGUUACGCCGACUCUCGGGCGGCGAAACGGCUUAUUCCGGAGAAGAUAUACCGAAAAUAAAUCGUCCACGACCAAGAUGUCCCCCAACCAGAGUUGGAAAACAUGGCUUGGCGAGGAAGAGCGACGACGUACUGGCUUUGGCAUCUGGCUGCUUGACUCUGCGUUUGAAAUACACUUUGACCUCAGCGCCUUGAUUCGCGUGGAUGAACUGCUGAUGCCACUGCCACAACCAGAGGACAAGUGGAACUCACCAUCGGCACAGAGUUGGGCUAGCAUGUCGAGCGAGGCUGAUCUCAGGACCGACUAUACGUUGGAAAAGGUUAUACUUGAAAACAGCUGGCGGACGAUUUGGCCCAAGACUGGCACUGUUGGCAAAGAUGUCAUAAUUCAAUAUCUGGGAUGUGUAAUCAACAGUCGUACUAACAACCUCGCUUUGCCCAGUGCCCAAGACUCGAUCAAAUUGAAGGCCGAGGAGGCCUUGAUCUCACUGCUGGGUCUCAUUGAAGAUGACCAGCAGCAGAUGCAAAUCCCAGAGCUCAAGGCCGCUGUAUCGCAUCAGGUCAUGAUUUCCACGGCACUGGCGACCUAUAAAUCCCCGACACGCAACCUCACUUCGGCCUCGCUCAAGUGUAUCUACGGACGGAUAGACGAUCAGUCAUGGAAAAACAUAGCAAUGCAGUGGAGGAAUUCUGGCGGAAAAGCAAGACUGGCGCUCUUUUGGGCUGCCAGGACGUUCCAUGUGAUACGCUCCAGCCGGUGUACCAACUUUGCUACGCCUGUGUAUCUAAUCCGAGCCGUUCUAAUCUUAUGGCUAUACUCGAUGCUGGCUGGUCGGUUUAUCGUGGGUUUCCAAGCCCCAGCGCCCGCGCCAUCUGUAGUCUUAGGUCCCAAACGCCUCAGCUGUAUGGGUCAGCUUGACUGGAUAGAGAAUGGAUGGAGUCAGGUGAAACUACCAGGAAUCGGUAAUCUACUAUGUGGUGCCGGUAGGACUAAGUUGCUGGAUGAGUCUAUAGGGCUUAUGAAAUCGCUGAAAUGCUGGGGCAUCAGCGCGAGCUAUGCGCAGCUACUGGUCAGGUUACAAGCGAGCGAAACGUCGCAGCCUCACAGCAUUACCACGGAGAUGGAGGAUGACUAG